UAGCAUCAGAAUGUCGAGCGGCGUCCUUCCUCUGCAGGCGGCGGUGGUUCUCUGCUGCAUCAUCACACUGCACGCUUUUUCAAUGGAUGGCUUCGCCCCGGGGCUGAGGUGUCACUGCAGAAAGACGACCUCCCACCAGAUCCCUGCUCACCUCUUCAAGAAGUUGGAGGUCAUUCCUCCCGGAGCACAGUGCCGCCGGACUGAAAUCAUAAUCACCAAAAAGAACGGUUCGAAGGUUUGUGUCAACCCUGAGGAAAACUGGAUCUCCGAGAUCAUCAACAGGUUAAAAAAACUGCAGAGAGAGAGAAGGAGCCAAGUGACUCGUCCAGCGACUGCUCCGCUGACGACUGCUGCCCAGACGCCUAAAACCAAACCCCACUAACGUUUUGUGGUGUCAUUUUACUGUCAAAACAGCCCGGUUCCGGCGCACUGAUCAGUGGCUUUCUCCAUAUCAGUAGGCAAGUACCAUCAGUGCAGUAACUUCGCACUUGACAGUAAAAUGUAAGUUUAAUUUUCAGUUUGUGUCAAUACAACAUUGUCUUUCCAAAUGUUUUUUUUACAGUGAAAUAAGAAUUUACCCGUUUUGUUUAUACUGUCAUUUGAGCUUUAACUGAGAUUAAAAAUGUGAAUUUGGUAAAGGUGCCUCCUGCAGUGGGUACUUUUGACAGCUAACCUUUAAUAAUGUGAUGUAACACACAAUUUCCUGGUACAGCUUUGAUUAUGAUAGGCUGUGAAUCAAGUCCUUGUAUGUCACAGUGCUUUGAAUUCCUGCAUUGCUCU